AUGGAGAAAUUGGUUUUAUCAGUAGUGAUUAUUUCUUUGUUUCUUUCUCCAGCAGUACAUGGGUGGGGGAUUGAUGGGCAUCUCACAAUUUGCAGGAUUGCUCAGGGGAGAUUGAAUAAAGCGGCGGCGGCGGCAGUGAAGGAGCUGCUACCGGAAUCUGCAGGAGGGGAUCUUGGAAGUGAAUGUUCAUGGGCAGAUAAAGUGAAGUUUCGUUAUCAUUGGUCAUCUCCUCUUCAUUACAUUGACACUCCUGAUGAAGCUUGUACGUAUCAAUACAAGAGAGAUUGUAUUGAUCAUGAGACUGGAGAAGUAGACAGGUGCGUUGCUGGCGCCAUUAACAACUACACCACUCAGCUUCAAACUUACAACACCAAUUCCAACUAUAAUCUGACGGAAGCACUUCUCUUCCUGUCUCAUUAUAUGGGUGAUAUUCAUCAGCCAUUGCACGUUGGUUUUACAUCAGACAGGGGAGGCAACACUAUUGAUGUCCAUUGGUACACCAGGAAAUCCGAGCUCCAUCAUGUUUGGGAUGCCAGUAUAAUCGAAACUGCGGAAACCAGGUUUUAUGAUUCGAAUGUAGAUGAUAUGAUUGAAGCCAUCCAAAGAAACAUAUCGGGUGUUUGGGCAGACGAAGUUGAUUCAUGGGAGACUUGCAGUGGUAAAAGCACGACAACUUGCCCAGACAAAUAUGCAAGCGAAGGUAUUAAGGCGGCAUGUGCAUGGGCAUACAAGGGUGUAAGCGAAGACUCUCUUCUUGAAGAUGACUAUUUCCUCUCCCGUUUGCCAACAGUCUAUCUCCGCCUAGCUCAGGGAGGAGUUCGUUUAGCUGCUGCUCUUAAUCGCAUAUUCUCUUAA